CCUAACACUGAAACUGAAUCCUAUCAGUGCUCGUGGUAAAAUGGCAGAAGCCAGUUCCACACUGGAUCAGAACCAGUUCAGCUGUCCAAUAUGUCUGGAUCUACUGAAGGAUCCAGUGACUAUCAACUGUGGACACAGUUACUGUAUGAGGUGCAUUAAGAGUUACUGGGAUCAUGCUGGAGUUUACAGCUGCCCCCAGUGCAGACAGACCUUCGUACCCAGACCUGUUCUGGGCAGAAACACCAUCCUGGUUGAAGUGGUGGAGAACCUGAAGAAGACUGGACUACAAGCAGCUACUCCUGCUUACCAUUAUACUGGACCUGGAGAUGUGGAGUGUGAUUCCUGUACUGGGAGAAAACACAAAGCUGUCAAGUUCUGCCUGGUGUGUCUGGCCUCUUACUGUGAAACUCACCUCCAGCCUCACUAUGAGUCUCCAGCUUUUAAGAAGCACAAGCUGACUGAUGCCACUGGACAUCUGCAGGACAAGAAACAAAUGGGUAAAACACAGAGGGAAUUUCAGCAGAGAAUUCAGAUGAGAGAGAAGGAGCUGCAGGAGCUGAGAGAGGCUGUGGCCUCAAUCACAAGCUCAGCACAGUCAGUAGUGGAGGACAGUGAGAGGGUCUUCACUGAGAUGAUCCACUCUAUUGAGAGAAGAUGCUCUGAGGUGACAAAGCUGAUCAGAGAUCAGGAGAAGGCUGCAGUGAGUCAGGCUGAAGGAGACAUGGAGAUACUAGAGAAGAAGAUUGAUGAACUGAAGAGGAGACACUCUGAGCUGGAGCAGCUUUCACACACAGAGGAUCACAUCCAGUUCCUCCAGAGGUGCCAGGGUCUUCCUGUCACCCCUGAAGCUGGAUUUGGACCCAGAAUCACCGUCAGUCCACGCUGCUCUUUUGAGAAUAUGAGGAAGGUGGUUUCUGAGCUGAAGGAUCAACUGGAGAAUGUUUGCGAAAAGAAAAUGGCAGAGAUCCAUCAUACAGUUACCAAAGACACCAUCCUACCAAAAUUAGUGCCCAGGACCAAAGCAGGAUUCUUACAAUCAACUUGGCCAAAGAGGGAACUGAGCUGGAAGGCGAAGCUUUCGAUUUACCAGUUGAUCUACGUUCCUACCCUCACCUAUAUGGUCCUGAGCUCUGGACUCCUGCCACCUGACGCUGGACCCCAAAACAGCAUACAGAGACCUGUCUCCGUCAGAGGGGAACAGGAAAGCAACACGGGGGGCAAAGCAGCGAUAUCCUGAUCAUCCAGAGCGAUUUGACUACUGGAGCCAAGUUCUGUGCAGAGAGAGUCUGACUGGUCGCUGUUACUGGGAGGCUGAGCAGAGUGGAGAUGGAGCCCGGAUAGGAGUGACUUAUAAAGGAAUCGGGAGGAAAGGAAACAGUGCUGA